AUGGGGUUAAGAGAGAAGCUGAAAGAUUAUACUUCAAGCUCAAAAGAGUUGAAUGAUUCCAAGGAAGCCAAGACUAGUGCUGUCUCGUUAUAUGAGGUUGAUACUGAUCAAGAUUCUAAUGAAAAAGGUUUGAAAAAAUCUAAUAUCAACGAAGACGUUGUCGAAAUUGAUAGUGAUGAUUUCUCAUUUGUUGAAGGUGAUAUCAACUUAUUAAGUAAUUCUCCAUACCCUGAAGUUAGAGCAAAUGUUAGUAUAGAGGAUGAUCCAUCAAUAGUGAUUAAUCAUUGGAGAACAUGGUUUUUAACUACAUUAUUUGUUAUUGUUUUCUCUGCUGUUAAUAUGUUUUUCUCAUUAAGAUAUCCAAGUUUGACAAUUAACUACCUUGUUGCUCAAGUUAUUGUAUACCCAAUUGGGAAGUUUCUUGCUAGAGUAUUACCAGAUAUUAGAUUCAAGAAAUAUCCAUGGUUUAAUUUAAAUCCAGGUCCUUAUACUAUAAAAGAACAUGGAGUCUUGACCAUUUGUGUUGCAUUAGCAGGUUCAAAUAAUUAUGCAAUGGGUAUAGUUGUUUCACAAACUAAAUUUUUUGGGAAAGAAUUUGGUAUUGGUUAUGAAGUUUUAUUAAAUUGGACUACACAAUGUUUAGGUUAUGGAUUAGCAGGUUUAACAAGAAAAUUUAUUGUUGAUCCUCCAAGUAUGAUUUGGCCUCAAACAUUAAUAUCUGUUGCAAUGUUUGAAGCAUUACAUUCUUCUAAGAUUGAUAAAACUGUGGUUAAUGGAUGGAAAAUCUCAAGAUAUUCAUUUUUUCUUGUUGUAUUAAUUGUUAAUUUUGUUUGGUAUUGGUUCCCAGGUUUUAUUUUCAAAGCUUUAAGUUAUUUCAAUUUUAUAUUAUGGGGCUCUAAAACUAGAAAUAAUUUUGUUGUUAAUUUCAUAUUUGGUGUUUCUGGUGGUAUUGGUGCAAUUCCAUUAACUUUUGAUUAUACACAAGUUUCACAAGCUAUGAAUAAUGUCUUUGCAACACCUUAUUGGGUUUCAACUAAUGUUUAUGCAUCUGUUUUCAUUUUCUUCAUAGUUAUUUUACCAAUUUUAUAUUUUACAAAUGCAUGGGAUUCAAAAUAUUUACCAAUAAUGUCAACAUCAACAUUUGAUAAUAAACAAAAAAAAUAUGAUGUUAACAGUAUCAUGGGUGAUAAUUUUAUAAUUGAUUAUCAAAAAUAUAAAGAAUAUUCACCAUUAUUUGUUCCAUUUUCAUAUUUAUUAAGUUAUGCAUUAAAUUUUGCCGCUGUUAUUAGUUUAUUCUUCCAUUGUGGUUAUUAUCAUUGGUCUGAUAUUUGGGCAAAAUUCAAAGAUUCAAGGGCUGGUGGUGAAGAUAUUCAUAGAAGAUUAUAUUCCAAAUAUAAAGAAGUACCAAAUUGGUGGUAUGCUUCUUUAUUUAUAUUGUUCUUAGGUCUUUCAUUCUUAACUACAAGUUAUUAUGAUACUGGAUUACCAGCUUGGGGGUUAGUUGUUGCUAUCUUGAUUAGUGUUGUUACAUUCUUACCACAAGGUCUUUUAGAAGGUACUAGUAACUUAGAAGUUGGAUUAAAUAUCAUUACUGAAAUGGUUGGUGGUUAUAUCUUACCAUAUCGUCCAUUGGCUAACCUGUUGAUUAAAGUUUAUGGAUUUAUUGUCAUGAGACAAGGUUUAAAUUUAUCAAGAGAUUUAAAAUUAGGUCUUUAUUUGAAAAUUGCACCAAGAAUCUUGUUUUUCAUUCAAAUUUAUAGUACUUUAUUAGCUGGUGUUACUCAAGUUUUGGUUUAUAGAUGGAUGAAAUCCAAUGUUGAUGAUCUUUGUUCAACUUCACAAAGUGAUGGAUUUAUUUGUGCAGGAGGACGUACUUUAACAAAUGCAGCAAUUAUUUGGUCAAUUCCACAAUUUUUAUUUACACCAGGUAAGAAAUAUUCACCAUUAUUAUUAUUUUUCAUUAUUGGACCAGUUAUUACAACAAUUUUUUAUUUAUUACACAAGAAAUUCCCAAAAUAUAGUGUUUUCAGAAAAUUCAAUGGACCAAUUUUCUUUGUUGGACCAGGUAAUAUCCCACCAGCAACACCAUAUAAUUAUGGGUGCUUCUUUGUUGUUUCAUCAAUAAUCUAUUGGAUUAGAUCCAAAUGGCCUAAAUGGGAUGCCAAAUAUAGAUUUGUGCUUGGUGCUGGUGUUGAAACUGGUGUUGCCAUUGCUACUGUUAUAAUUUUCCUUUGUGUUCAAUAUCCAACUGGUGGGAAAUUCAAUUGGUGGGGGAAUACUGUUUAUAAGAACACAUUAGAUUAUGAAGGAAAGCCAUAUUAUACUUUAAAAGAAGGCGAGACUUUUGGUGAAACCAAAUGGUGGUGA